UUAGAGAACCAGACCGAGCAGGAACAGCUCACGGAAGAAGUUAAUCAGUUGCAAGAGAAGGAAGGGAUGAAUAGCGAGGUUGGCGAGCUAGAAGAACAGCUGGCAAGAAGAGACCAGGAAAAGAAUGAACUAGAAAGGAACCUUUCAACAGCUCAGCAGAUAUUACGUGACAAUCAGGCUCAAAGAUCACUAGAAAUGGAUUGUCAAGAAGCACAAAAGCGACAACUGGGGGAGAAAGCUGAGGGAGAUGAAACUUUACGAGAACACUUUGAGGAAAUGGAACGAAGGUCGAGAGAAGAAAAGAACCAGACCGAGCAGGAACAGCUCACGGAAGAAGUUAAUCAGUUGCAAGAGAAGGAAGGGAUGAAUAGCGAGGUUGGCGAGCUAGAAGAACAGCUGACAAGAAGAGACCAGGAAAAGAAUGAACUAGAAAGGAACCUUUCAACAGCUCAGCAGAUAUUACGUGACAAUCAGGCUCAAAGAUCACUAGAAAUGGAUUGUCAAGAAGCACACUUCCAGUGGCAACUGGGGAUGCAAAAACUGGGGGAGAAAGCUAAGGUAGAUGAAACUUUACGAGAACAAUUUGAGGAAAUGGAACGAAGGUUGAGGGAAGAAAUAACUGAGAAAGAUGCGAGACAAGUAGUUUUGUGUGAACAGAUCACAGAAAAGGACCAGCAGUUGACGGAGAUGAUACAAGAAUUGACAGUGACAGAGGAGCGAGAAGAAGAUCUUAAGACGCAGCUAAGGAAUGUAGAAGAACAGCUAAGAGAGAAUGAGGAUCGAGUUGAGAAUUUACGAACGAACCUGAAAGAUGUUGAGCAACGAUUAACGCAGAAAGAGGCACAAGAAGAAAAUUUACGAUCAGACCUGGAGCAGAUAGAACAAAGGAUGAGAGAAGAAUUAACACAAAAGGAAACGAGAGAAACUGAGUUGCGCAAACAGCUUAGAGAAAAGGAGGAGCAGGCUGUUGACUACCAGAGACAUUUGAGUGGGAUGGAACAGCAAUUGUCAGAAAAAAACCAUCAAAAGGAAACUUUGCUGAGACAAAUUAGGGAGAUGGAACAGCGAUCGAGAGAGGUUACAGCGGAGAAUGAGAUGAGAGAAAAUGAGUUUCGUAAACAACUCAGAGAGAGAGAGCAAGAACUGAGGGAGAUGGCACAUCAGUUGACUGAGAAGGAGCAAAAAGAGGAGAACUUACGCAAGCAAAUAAGGGUGCACUUAAUGGAACAACGGCUGAGAGAAGAAAUGAUAGAAGAAGCUACUAGGCUUGGUGAGCAGCUUAGAGAAAGGGAUCAACAAAUAGAAAACUUUCAGAUGCAGUUGCAAGAGUUGCGUGAACAACUCAGAGAAAAGGAUCAGCAUUCAGCAAACGUUCGAACGCAGCCGGAGGAGCGAUUUAGAGAAAUGGUAGCAGAAAAUGAAAAUCCACGACAACAGGUUGUUAACCUCGAGAAUCAAGCCGGAUCACAGUCCAAUGAUUGGGUAAUUUCCCGGGAUGAUAUUCAGUUGACUGAUAAAAGCCUUGGAGUUGGAGGGUGGGGCGAGGUUUUCGAGGGCAGGUACUGUGGUUGUUCUGUUGCCGUGAAGCGAAUCCAUGAGGCAAUUAACUCGCCUUACAACCAGAGUUUGUUCCAGAGGGAAAUUGAUAUUGCUUCGCGAUGCCGACACCCUUGCUUACUGCAGUUUAUUGGAGCGACUAAUGAUGAGGAAAUUCCAUUGUUUGUUACUGAGCUGAUGGAAUCGAAUUUGCACGAGCUACUGAGACAACGACGUCUUUCCCGUAAGGAAAUCACCGUAAUUUCGCUCGAUGUGGCUCGAGCGUUGAACUACCUCCACCAAAAGAAACCUUUUCCUAUUUUUCACCGCGAUGUUAGUAGCGGCAAUGUGUUGCUAUGGCGACAGGGUGAUCAAUGGCGAGGCAAAGUGUCAGAUUAUGGCUCUGCUAAGUUCGAGGAACAGUUUAUGUCAAUUGGCCCAGGAUGUUUCGCCUACAGUGCGCCUGAAGUGCAGAGACAAGCAAAGCAGACAGCAAAGGUGAGAAAAUAAGCUUACAGAAUUUCCUUGGAGAUAUUUUUUUUAAAACAUGAACCCUUUACAAUUAAGGAUUAAACAGUACUUGUGUAACUCAGUCUUGAGUCGUGUGCUCGGUCAACGCAAAACGGCAAAGAGUGCACGGUCUACACAAACGGCAGUGUGCUCAGUCUACACAAACGGCAAAGUGUGCUCGGUCCACACAAACGGCAAAUUGUGCUCGGUCUACGCAAACGGUAAAAAGCUUGGGAAAACAGCGAUCUUAUUUCAUUGUCUCUUCUUGUCCUGCUUUUUAGAUUGAUGUCUACAGUUUCGGCGUUCUCCUCUGUGAAAUGUGCAUUAAGACAUUCCCAGAUUAUCAAAACCGUGAACUUCAAAUCGCUCAGAUGACAAAUCAGGUAUUGCAAGACCUCGUCCGCCGAUGUGUGCGGUAUGAUCCCACUGAAAGACCAGACAUGACAGAGAUUAUUAGUACAUUGGAAGAGUUCAAUAAAACUUUGUAA